AUGGCUUCCCUCCAAAGUUUCAACUUUGAAAGCCAAAUUCCUGCUGAGCUCCUCAUAGCUCGCAUAAUGCAAAUCCAUGCUAGCAUAUCCAAGCUUGACUCACUAAGGCCUUCUGAGCAAGUCAAUAGCCUCCUCUCUCACCUUGUGAAAUUAUGUACCCUCCCUUCAUCCAUUGAUAUUUCUGGCUUACCCCAAGAGGUGCAAGAAAUGCGCGAUAGCCUCAUCAAUCUAUGCGGUCACGCUGAAGGCCUAUUAGAGCUUGAAUUUGCGACAUUCAUGAUCAAAACACCUCAACCCUUGAACAACCUUAACCUUUUUCCCUACUAUGGGAACUAUGUCGAGCUGGCCAACUUGGAAUAUAGGAUCCGUAAUGAAAAUGGGGUGGUGCAGCCUAAGAAGGUAGCCUUUGUGGGUUCAGGUCCAUUGCCUCUCACUUCUUUUAUAAUGACUACACAUCAUAUGAUAUUAACUCAUUUUGAUAAUUUUGACAUUGAUGAGGCUUCUAAUGACGUCGCUCGUCAAAUUGUUGUUUCUGAUGCUGAGCUUGAGAAGAGAAUGAAGUUUGAGACGAGUGAUAUAAUGAAGGUUAAAGAGAAGCUGAGCGAAUAUGAUUGUAUAUUUUUGGCUGCUUUGGUUGGUUUGAACAAAGAAGAGAAAUUGAAGAUUCUUGACCAUUUAAUGAAGUAUAUGAAGAAGGGUGGAGUUCUGCUUGUAAGGAGUGCAAACGGAGCUAGAGCAUUUCUGUACCCAGUUGUCGAGGAGCAUGACUUGCUUGGCUUUGAGCUUCUCUCCAUCUUUCAUCCUACUAAUGAUGUGAUCAACUCGGUUGUUCUCGUGCGCAAGCCUGCCUUCUGA